GUGGACUUCGCUCGUCAUCUCUGAGUGAUAACAAAAGCCGGAUAUUUUUGGUCAUUUUUGUCACAUUUCUACCAAAUCAUUCCUUCCGGAGGCAUUACUUAACACACUGUUCGGGAUGAGUUUGCUAAGAAACAUCCACCGCUUCUACGGAUCGUCCUCUUCCGCUGUAACCGCCCAAAGCUGGAUCUACGCCAAGGUCUUCAAGGGCGAGCCGACGCAGCAAAACUUCCGACUCGAGCGGGAAGAUCUUCCCGCGCUCGCAGAUGGCGACUUCCUGGCCCGGGCCGACUACAUCAGCGUCGAUCCGUACAUGCGCCCGUACAUGAUGGCCUACCCGGAGGGAACUCCGAUGAUCGGCGGCCAGGUCGCGACCGUGCUGGACAGCCGGAAUGCGGCCUUCCCGGUGGGCUCCGCCAUCUUUGGCCAGUUUGGCUGGCGAACGCACACCGUAUGCAAUCCGGCCAAGCUGAAGACGGAUCUUCCGUACGUUCUGCCGGACUUUGGGUCACUGCCGACUAGUUUGGGCCUUGGAGUGCUCGGAAUGCCCGGGAAUACGGCGUACUUUGGACUGUCGGAGCUGUGCGAACCGAAGGAGGGAGAGACGGUUGUGGUGAGUGGGGCGGCCGGAGCCGUCGGAAGUCACGUUGGUCAGAUCGGCAAGAUCAAGGGGUGUCGCGUGGUCGGAAUUGCCGGGUCGGACGCGAAAUGCGCGUGGCUCAAGGAGUUGGGCUUCGACGAGGUCAUCAACUACAAAACGGCCAACGUUUAUGGUGAGCUGAAGAAGGCCGCGCCCAAGGGCAUCGAUUGCUACUUUGACAACGUGGGUGGACCGAUCUCGGAGGCCGUCAUCAAGCAGAUGAACGUGUACGGGCGGAUAGCGGUUUGCGGCACGAUCUCCAACUACAACACCGCGAUCGAGAAGGUAACGGAUCCGCUGCGCCAGAUGGUGUUCAAGCAGCUACGCAUGGAGGGCUUUCUGGUGUGGCGCUGGAACAACCGCUGGAUGGAGGGCAUCGAGGCGAACCUGCGGUGGAUCCGGGACGGGAAGCUGCAGUGGCAGGAAACGGUCACCGAAGGGUUCGAGCAGGUUCCGCAGGCGUUUAUGGACAUGCUGAAGGGUGGUAACACGGGGAAGGCGGUGGUCAAGGUGUAACGGGUUGUUAGUAAAUAGAUUUGUUGAAAAAA